GUGAAGUCUCUGUGGUCAGUUUCUGUUGCUUUGGGCCUUUAACCUCACGCUCUCUUCUCUUUAAACGACCAAAGAAAUACUGGGGUGUGUUCAACCUGAACGGGACCGCUAAUGCAGGUUGCCACGUGCGGUUGGUGGGCGCAAGUUUUGGGACCAAACCUGGCAACCUCACUGAAACUGGUUUGAAAUGGUGUUUUUGGUCAUCGGCCGUUUUGACAUUUCUGUUUGAGCACAGAGUGAACAAACGCGAUGCACUGUGUUAACACUGCGUUCUCGAGGUGUUAGUAGAGUGUUUUUGAAUUAGACCCGCUGGUUCAUCUUUACGCCGACUCUAAUGAGAUUGGUGUCGUGAGAUUGGUGUCGAUUUUCUCAUCCCAACCCUCACAAAGAAGGCAAAUGAGUUUAUUUCCCCAACAUGCUGAACUCACUCAUGUAAGAUUUGGUGGAACUUGGGAGAGAUCAGAUCAGGAUUCCUUUUGUUUUAAUGUUCCUGAAAGACCUUCAGAGUGCUUUUCACACGUGAGGGUACAAAAAGUGUUGUGGUGUGCUUUCCACAGACUGGACUGCUUUCACCUGCUCUCCAUGUUCACCUGUUGACGUUUACCUGACUGUUCGUCACUGAGUCAGCAGAUGGCUGCUGUUUUCCUCGGCUUUCUGUCUGACGCUGUGAACUGUUCCUUUAUCACUCUGGAGUCUGUGCUGAGGUUUUUGCGGCUUUUCUCUCCUGCUGGCUCAGCAUUGUGCAGCUACUCUCAGGCUCCAAACCAAACUUUCAUUCUUCAGCAACAUAAAGCGAAGAAGCCACUUCAUGGUUGGUUUCGAGUUCAGAGCACCAACACAACACAGUCGAGAUACUAAACAGCAGCUGAAGACUCUUCUCAUAUCUUGUGUUCUUGAUGAGAUGAAAUCAAGGGAAGAGAAGAUCAAAGGAUGUGCACAGCAAACGAGCUAUAAUCCUGUGGUAUCGGCCAUCUUUUCAGGCUGUAAACUCGUCCCUUUGAACAUAAACCUGAAACCAAAUGAAUAAAUGAGGUAGAAAUCAGUAGUCAUAAGUCAUGUUUGCAAUCCACUUCAUGCUGAGGAAAAUGCAGUCAGUGGUCAUGUGAAAGCCGGUCUUAACUCUGAGAACGAGUCCACGUAUCCAGACUGUGGCUGAGCGUCGCCACAGCUGUGGCUCAACAAGACCUUUAGGGAAUCAGUGUCUGAACUGGUAUCAGCAAUGUGAUGUUGUCUCAGCCCAACCCUGGCUUUGAAUAUUUUGUGCUUGUUUGUUUCAGAAAGAUGUUGAAAUUAGCUUAAGUGCUAAAAAUAUCAUAAAGCUCAAAUAGAUUCUACUGUCAGGUGGAACUCGGAUCAUAUUUUGGUAUUUAUGGCGACAGAAGGGGAACAUAUGCAUACAAAAUGUGUGUUUAGCAUAGACUUUGCCACCCACCCCACACAACCCUCUGGGUUUUCCCAUGUUGUUUUUCCUUGCCCACAGUGACACAGGUGUUUUACAUUUCAUCAUCUUGUGUGGGUCACCAGGGACAUCAGACAUACAGUUUAACACAGGGCGUAAACCAGUUCAAAUAUCCAGUAGUUAGUGAGUCUUAAACUUGUGUCAGUCAGAGUUUGGUGGCCUGUGGCCUCUCCAAGUCUCUACAUCCAGAUGAGUUUCAGACUGGUUGUCAGUGCUGGAUGACUUUCGUGUUUCACUGUCGGUGGGUGGCAUUCCCCUUUAAGGCCUACUCUUCACUCAGUUUAACUCCUGUGUGGGGAAACCACAGAGAUUUUCCACUGCAUGAAAAGGCUUUCAGCAGCACCAGGCUGGCAAAGAUGUUCUUUAUGGGGGGCAUUCUGGACACAUACGAAAAGCUGCUUGGCCGCAUGUUGAAGCAGCUGCCCACCCCAGGACCCCAGACGGCCGGGAGGAACUCCGUCGUCACCCCCGCCCCCGGCACCGCCAGUAAUCCUGAGAGGGCAGCAGGUGGAGACAUCAGGACGCAGCUGAACUACAUCCUGAAGAAGGUCCGGGAGCUGAAGGAGCGCCGUUACAAGGAGCAGGAGAAGGUUCUGCAGGGACUGCAGUCUCUCAGACACAUCCAGAUGGAUAACUUUAUCAUCCAGAGCAAAGCAUUGUGGGAUCUGCCGUGGUUCUACGAGGAGGCGAGCUCCUUGCCUGAGAACAUCGAGAAGAUGCAGAGGAGGCGGCGGCGGCGGCAGGCACAGAGGUUCAAAAGUCACGCAAGAGUCUGAAACACAACCGGGCACAAACAAAGAUGUCAACAGCAACUGCGACAAAACUAAAAUUCAAAAAGCAGCAACACGAAACAUUAUGAAGACCAAAAAAAUAUCCAAAUUUAAGCCAGUGUGCUAACAUUUUUAGAUUUUUCAAGUUAUUGUAGAGUUUAUUUAUUUUUUAUGAUGGUAAGAAACCAGCAGCCUAAGCCUAAUAGAUGUAGUAACUUUGUAAAAUUCAUAUAUUUUUAAAGCAAGUUCUGUACUGGAUACUUGAAAGCAGUGUGGCGGUUGGACGCAGAGGGCAGAUAAACUGUUCAACGUGGAGUUUCACUCACUUCAUCAGUCACAGCAUCCAUCAGUAUCACCUGGAAAUACUUGAUUUAAAAGCCUGCAGCUGAUUUGUUGCUCAGAAAUCAGUCAGGCAGUCAGAUAAUAUUUUAAGCUCUCUGAUUGGAUGUUUUCACUGAGACUCGCACUUGGUUUCCCUCUACUGUACUUUUUAUUGACGACAAAUGUAAAAAUAAGACUGUUUCCACCCCACAGUACUGCUUAAAAGAACUGAUGACGAUGUUUACAGUACAAAGUACACCAUAAUGCUGACGUACUUAAAUGUACUACAGAUCCUCUGAACAUUCAGGUACAGCACUGAAGUACCUCACUGCAGCUGCAGUAGAAGUACUAGCCUAUAGUCUUCAGGGGUUUCUUUACAUUUUGUAAUUUUCUAUAUUUAUUUUAUAUUUAAAAUGCCUAUUUAAUAAUGAAUUUUACUGCUGUGACUGAUUAUUGAUUAUUUAUUGUGUAUUUAUUGAUUGACUGGCAGACAA